AUGAAUAGUUCAGAUAGAAUAGAACUUUUAAUUGAUCCAGGUACUUGGGAUCCUAUGGAUGAAGACAUGGUCUCUCUGGAUCCUAUUGAAUUUCAUUCGGAGGAGGAACCUUAUAAAGAGCGUGUUGAUUCUUAUCAAAGAAAGACAGGAUUAACUGAGGCUGUUCAAACAGGUACAGGUCAACUAAAUGGUAUUCCCGUAGCAAUUGGGGUUAUGGAUUUUCAGUUUAUGGGAGGUAGUAUGGGAUCUGUAGUGGGCGAGAAAAUAACACGUUUGAUCGAGUAUGCUACCAAUCAAAAUUUACCGCUCAUUCUAGUGUGUGCUUCCGGAGGAGCGCGCAUGCAAGAAGGAAGUUUGAGCUUAAUGCAAAUGGCUAAAAUAUCUUCUGCUUUAUAUGAUUAUCAAUCAAAUAAAAAGUUAUUUUAUGUAGCAAUCCUUACGUCUCCUACUACGGGUGGGGUGACAGCUAGUUUUGGUAUGUUGGGAGAUAUCAUUAUUGCGGAACCCAAUGCCUACAUUGCAUUUGCGGGUAAAAGAGGUUAUGAAAAUCCACGAGAAGCGACAGGCCGUAUUGUAUGUGCCAAUUGUCAUUUAGCUAACAAGCCCGUAGAUAUCGAGGUUCCACAAGCGGUACUGCCUGAUACUGUAUUUGAAGCAGUUGUUCGAAUUCCUUAUGAUCUGCAACUGAAACAAGUUCUUGCUAAUGGUAAAAAAGGAGGCUUGAAUGUGGGUGCUGUUCUUAUUUUACCUGAGGGGUUUGAAUUAGCCCCUCCCGACCGUAUUUCGCCCGAGAUUAAAGAAAAGAUGGGAAAUCUGUCUUUUCAGAGCUAUCGCCCCACUAAAAAAAAUAUUCUUGUGAUAGGUCCCGUUCCUGGUCAAAAAUAUAGUGAAAUCACCUUUCCUAUUCUUUCCCCGGACCCCACUACUAAGAAAGACGUUCAUUUCUUAAAAUAUCCCAUAUAUGUAGGCGGGAACAGAGGAAGGGGUCAGAUUUAUCCCGACGGGAGCAAGAGUAACAAUAAUGUUUAUAACGCUACAGCGGCGGGUAUAGUAAGCAAAAUCAUACGAAAAGAAAAAGGGGGAUACGAAAUAACCAUAGUGGAGGCAUCUGAUGGACGUCAAGUGGUUGAUAUUAUUCCUCCAGGCCCCGAACUUCUUGUUUCAGAGGGCGAAUCCAUCAAACUGGAUCAACCAUUAACGAGUAAUCCUAAUGUGGGUGGAUUUGGUCAAGGGGAUGCGGAAAUAGUACUUCAAGAUCCAUUACGUGUACAAGGCCUUUUGCUCUUCUUGGCAUCGGUUAUUUUGGCACAAAUCUUUUUGGUUCUUAAAAAGAAACAGUUUGAAAAGGUUCAAUUGUCCGAAAUGAAUUUCUAG